AUGUUGCUGAGUCGUGAUACCCCCUCCUGGGCCCAACGCUCUGCCCGCCGGCGGCUCAAUCUGCCAUCACGCCUUGAUCCCCUGAAUGAUCACACUCCAACCAAGUACAAUAUUACUGCAGCUGUCUACAGUAACCAGGGCGACGCUAUAUUGGCCUCCUUCAAUGAUGAGGACAUUUAUCUCUUCGAUUCCCGAGACCCUAGCCUCCCCCCGGUCCACGCCUACCGCUGUCACCGGAAUAUGGAUACAGUCAAGGGUGUCAACUUCUUCGGCCCCAACUCGGAAUACGUUGUCAGUGGCAGUGAUGACGGUUUUGUCUACAUCUGGGACAGACACUCGGAGGGCAUUGUACAGUGGCUGUGCGCUGACUUAAACGGAUCCGUAAAUGUACUGGAGCCCCAUCCCUUCCUGCCCGUCCUGGCCACUUCGGGUAUUGACUACGACUUCAAGACUUGUACCGCAAUCGUCGUUUUAUUUGCAAUAUGCUAUGGAACUCUGGAAACUUGGGUUAUUCUGCUGGUUUUUGACGAACCACCUUCCCAGCUGCCCGUCUAG